GAAAGAAAGAAAGAGCUCGCGUUUUUCUACAGAGUAGAAGAGUUUAUUUUAGUGUUUAUGAUGAGAGAUGAGAUGUGCUGUAAAUCAGUAGGAACUGAUCUGUCCAUGCUGGAUAUUGAUGAUUUCAUCACAGAAAUCUCUCAGCUGAAGAAAGAGGUGGCGUUACUGGAGACAAAGCUGAGGUUAAGAGGAGAUGAAGGACUGAAGAGAGAGGACUCCGAGCUCAGUCUGACUUUACUCUGUUAUACUGAGUCAAAGCCCACAGACGCUCAGGACACUACAGUGUGUGACAGUAAUCAGGGCUUACAGGAUGAGGAAUCUACUGAUCAAACCUCCACAGAGUCUCUGGAUUCUGUCUGGAACGCUGGAGAACAGCAGCAGAUCCUGCAGACCAAACUCAACAUGUGUUCAGUCAAACUGGAGGACAGUGCAAACCAAACUGAGAUUAAAACAGAGCACACAGAAAUUAAAACUGAACCCACAGAAGAUGAAUAUGAAGACAAACAUAAUGAUGUUCAUGAUUUUAUUCUGUCAGAUGUGAGGAGUGAAUUAUGUUCGGGUGGAGAAAUAACGUCCUCCACAUUAAAAGAACAGAAACUCUUCACCUGCACGAGAUCUGAGAUCAGCUUUACUACCUUCCAAGUGAAGGAACUUCAUUCAGAAGAGCACAGAGAGAAAAAGCCGUUUCACUGUGAGCCAUGUGGGAAGGAUCUUUCUCCAGUAACGUCUCAUAUUAAUGCUCACAUGAGGACACACAGUGAUAAAAAGUCUUACUACUGCACUGAAUGUGGCUAUUACUUUAGCAGCAAACAAAGUCUUGAUGCUCACAAGAGAAUUCACACAGGAGAAAAACCAUACAAGUGUCCUCACUGUGAGAUGAGAUUCAGACACAAAUCUUGUAUGAAGAGACAUGCGCUUAUACACACCAAUGAGAGACCGUAUCAGUGCAGUGAAUGUGACAAAACCUUUAGGGAUUCAAGUAAAUUAAAAUCACACCAAAAUAUUCACUCUGAAGAGAAACGCUAUCAAUGUUCACACUGUGAUAAAUGUUUCUGUAAGAAAGCUCAGCUGAAACGCCAUCAGAGAGUUCAUACUGGAGAGAAACCUUACGUCUGUAGUAUUUGUGGGAGGAGUUUUAAUAAACAUGACAAUUUAGUGAUACACCAGAGAACUCAUACAGGUGAAAAACCUUACAAAUGCUCUCAGUGUGAGAAGACAUUUGCUCAGUCAGGUUCCUUAAAAGCCCAUCUGAGAGUUCACACUGGAGAGAAACCUUACCACUGCUCAAUCUGUGGAGAGAGAUUCUCACAUCAUAGUGUCUUCAGACUUCAUCUGAGAGAUCACAUUGGAGAGAAACCUCAUUACUGUGAUGUUUGUGGGAAGAGGUUCAGUCGACAUGACAGCUUAGUGACACACCAGAGAACUCAUACAGGUGAAAAACCUUACAAAUGCUCUCAGUGUGGGAAGACGUUUAAUCAGUCAUGUAACUUAAAAGCCCAUCAGAGAGUUCACACUGGAGAGAAACCUCAUCAAUGCAGUGUUUGUGGGAAAAGUUUCAGUCGACAUGACAGUUUAGUGUCACAUCAGAGAACUCAUACAGGUGAAAAACCUUACAAAUGCUCUCAGUGUGAGAAGACGUUUGCUCAGUCAGGUUCCUUAAAAGCCCAUCAGAGAGUUCACUCUGGAGUGAAACCUCAUCACUGUAAUGUUUGUGAGAAAAGUUUCAGUCGACGUGAACAUUUAUUGAAACACCAAAGAACUCAUACAGGUUAAAACGUAUGAACGCUCUCAGUGUGAGAAGACGUUUGCAAUGUCAAGUCACUUUAAAAGCCCAUCAGAGAGUUCAUACUGGAGAGAAACCUUAAGUCUGCUCAGUCUUAUAAUAUCUCAUAAUAUGACCCCUUCUGCGUCAUAUAUUCAACCAGCACUGGGGAUUUUGCUGUACACGGCAUGCCGUGGAUUAUCUCUUAUUUUACUUGUUAAACUUUUACAUCUGUGGUCCAUUUAUGCAUUCAGUGAAAUUUGGAAAUAUUUUAAUUUAAACAAAAGUAUGAAAAUUUCUAGAUAAUUCCUGGACAGGGAUUAGACUAGUCCUAGACUAAAAUAAAUGUAAGAGCUUUCCAAGAUGAAAAAAUAUUAGCACUGACAUAUUUUAAAAUACAUAAGUGCCCUUUGUUUUGCCUCAAAAUGCAUGCCAGUAAUGUUUUUAGUAAGGCCCGUUGUUAAAAAUAGUUAAAUUUCCUAAUUUAACUAAGGCCAAGUCCUGAUUUAAGAUAAUCCCUGUCCGGGAAAACACCCCAUAAACAGACAAAACCCCAUACAAAUUGUAUUACGGUGCAGGUUAAAAACACCUUCUGCCUUAUUAUUUAUUUAAGUUAGGCAAGGAUAUUCGGGCCUGCCUAUUUUUGUCUGUAAUAAGUACAAUAAUCACUCUACUCCAUCUAUCUGGCGAUCUAGUGAUAAAUGAUAUUAACACAAGUUUUCAGAUUCCUCCAUAGGUCGUUUGUUACAGCUAAGGUUCUAAUAGAAGCAAGCAGACUUUGUCUUUUAUAAGUUUAAUUAAUACAAUUUAGUGAUUGUACUUUUAUUUUUAAAAACUGAUAUUUGUACUCUUAAAACCCCAAUUUAAAGGAGACAAGCUGCACACUGUCCAGUGGCGGAGCCAGAGGGCUAUUUGGGGUGGCAAUUGUCACCCCAGACGAAGUCCUUGCCACCCCUGUUGCCACCCCGCUGAAAACAUUACUUUGUUUGAUUUUUACGAACAUUUCUCAAAUCUCCCAGCGGACGUGAAUGCAUCCUACGCAGCACGCACAAGCGUGGUGUUGCUGCUAUCUUUUCAUUACGCUUGUUCGACUUCAUGCGGCGCUGCAAGAACCGACUGCCGGAUGAUGUCAAAGUUCCGCGAGAGCGAUUUAAAAGCAAACUCCUCCGUAUGAUUUCGUGAAUCACUCUCGCGGUACUUUGACGUAAUGCAGCUGUCUAUUCUCGCGGCGCCGCAUGACGUCGAACAAGCCUAUUGGUUAAGCUGACACGCAGCUCCUUCGUACUCUAAUAUAUAAAGCGCCAACAUGCACAUGAUCAAUGAAGAGCGUUUUGCUGGUAUGUACGGCUUUUAUUGGUAUUAAAUUAAACGAAGUUCUGUUUUAACGGGAAGUAAGGAAGACAUUGCACUGUAGUGCUUAGCAUUAAUACUUCAAUGAGCAUUACUAGUCUUGUGAAACUGACUAAUACUGUCACGCCUGCGUGAAGAUGCUUAAAACAAUAAAAAACUUGUCGUUAGCAAAUGUUCAGCAACAAUCGGGUAGGCUUAUUCAUAUUGUCACGUGUAAUGCAGCAUAUUGAACUUAAUAAAACGACCGUGGAUAUAGAACAGGGUUGUAAACAGCGCGCUUUUCGCUGCCUCACACUUUUUAAACGUCAGUUUGGGUGACUUGGGUCUGAGAGGGUUGGAUUAUAAUUUCACAAAGUCAUCUGAAGCCAUUCCAUAGCUUAAUGUGAGGGACAGAAGUCUAUUUACAUAAGUAAAUUAAAGUUAACGGAAACUACCCUGCUGAAAAAACCAGCAUCAAACCAGCAUGGACCAGCAUGGGAAUUAUGCUGGUCUAUGCUGGUUAAGCUGGUGGUCACCAGCAUACCAGCACCAAAACACAACAUAUGCUGGUAUGACCAGCAUGGGAUGCUGGUGCUAAUGCUGGUUUAGCUGGUGCUAAUGCUGGUGCUGAUGCUGGUUUGAUGCUGGUUUAGCUGGUGUUCACUGGCAAACCAGCACCAAAACACAACAUAUGCUGGUCUUGCUGGUAUGCUGGUUUUUUCAGCAGGGUAGUUCCCUCCUCCCUUAACAUAACAUGUCUAGAUGUCUGUAAGCAAUUUUCCUUGUGUUGUCAAAUAGGCUAGACCUCAAUAUACUCAGAUUUUGUCGUAGUGUAUUAUUUUAAUAUUUGUAUAAUUAGUAACGGUGUACUUAUGGUAAAUAAUAACAAGCAAAUUGUUCAAAAUUUUGGUUUCUUCAUGAGGUGUGUAACUAUAGGGACGAUAUUACCAACUUCUUUAUAAAGAAGCAAAAUUCAGGUGCAGAUCAGGUCCAAACAGAUCCCAGUUGUUCUAUUUUUGCUGUAUACGUAAUACAUAUAUAAUUGUGUACAUUUUGGAAAAUAAACAACUUUAAUUUAAUCUAUAUACAGUGUACUUGAACACUUUGUAUAUUGACCCCCCAAAAUAAUACCUCGCCACCCCUUUGCCACCCCUGUUUUAAAAGUCUAGCUCCGCCACUGACACUGUCAGGCACCAGAGGUCGCGUUCACUUUCUGUCAGACUCGUCAAAACAUCAUCCUUAUGGACAAGUUGGCAAGUCCAAAUUCAAGUGUUCAAACACUAAAUUAAUAAAUGUAUUAUUUCAGUUAUUUUACACCGCUGUCGGUGUAUGAAUGUGUGAGUGAAUGGGUGAAUGUGAGGCUAAUUGUAAAGCGCUUUGGAUGGCCAUAGGUCUGUUAAAAGCGCUAUAUAAAUGCAAUCCAUUUACCAUCAGUCCAUUUAAAAAACAAGCUAAGAGUCAAGAUUGAACUCCUACUAAAACUAACACUGAUCACCACAAUAGUGAUUUACAAUUUUCAAGAGAUGGUCAUAAAGAGGAUAAAGUUAAAGAUUGCAGCUUUUAAUUCUGCUUCAGUGUUACAUUUAGAUAAUAUACACCCAGUAGUGUUCAUUUAACACUUGGGAUUUUGCUGUGUAGCUCUGUGGAGGGAUUUUGUAGACAAAUGUGGGUUACUACAUUUGAAGAGGUUUGUAGGCUCUAUAAUCCAAGGAACUGCCUGUCCCUUGGAUUAUUCUGUACCUGUUUUUGUCUGCCUGGUUUGCCUAUGUUUGCCUAUUGCUCUCCUGUGUAUGACCUUUCGCCUGUUUCAUUGGAUUUAUGUUUGUGGAUUACCCUUCUAAU